AUGUCUAGAGCUAAGAGAAUUAUGAAAGAAAUCCAAGCUGUCAAGGAUGAUCCUGCAGCUCAUAUCACUCUUGAAUUUGUGAGUGAAUCUGAUAUCCAUCAUUUGAAGGGCACAUUUUUGGGUCCACCUGGAACACCGUAUGAAGGUGGCAAAUUUAUUGUGGAUAUUGAAGUGCCUAUGGAAUAUCCAUUCAAGCCACCAAAGAUGCAGUUCGACACAAAAGUAUACCAUCCAAACAUAUCAUCAGUGACGGGUGCCAUUUGUCUGGAUAUUCUUAAGAAUGCAUGGUCGCCAGUGAUAACGCUAAAGUCUGCAUUGAUUUCGCUGCAAGCACUGUUACAAUCUCCAGAGCCUAAUGAUCCUCAAGAUGCUGAAGUAGCACAACAUUAUCUACGGGAUAGGGAAUCUUUUAAUAAAACUGCGGCACUAUGGACGAGAUUAUACGCCAGUGAGACUUCCAAUGGCCAAAAAGGCAAUGUAGAGGAGUCUGAUUUAUAUGGGAUUGAUCACGAUCUAAUUGAGGAGUUUGAAUCCCAAGGUUUUGAAAAGGACAAGAUUGUCGAAGUUUUGAGAAGACUAGGCGUUAAGUCCCUAGACCCCAAUGACAACAACACGGCCAACCGUAUCAUCGAAGAAUUGUUGAAGUGA